CACCGUGAACGCGCAGAAGAAGCCCCCCUUCGCGUAUAGAUCCUCGGGAAAAAGAGUAUAGACAGGCAAAAAGGAACAACAUGGCCGCCGUUUCUGCUGGGCACUUGUCCCGACCGUAAGGCCGUCACCACACCCCAGUUUAAAUAGACGAAAUUUCUCCAAUUUUCAGAAUUAUGAAAAUCAUCUAAAAAAGAAAAGUGUGUGUGUGUAUGUGUGUGUGUGUGUGUGUGUGUGUGUGUGCAAGUGUUAGAUGUGUGUAAAAAGAACAACAUUUUCUACUGCAGUGCGUUGUGUUUGAAGAUUGUGAGGGAUAAAUUUAAAGCCGACAUUUUGGAUGAUUGUCUAAUCAAACGACGAUAAUCAUCAAAACUUUAACGACCAAUUGAAAUUAAGCCAUGGAUAUCUAUACGAUUGAUAUAUACAAACAAAAUCGAAUCGAUUUUCAUUGAUACGUCUGUCCAUAAAAAAGAAAAGCUGCAAUCGUUUUAUGUUGAUUUUCGAUUUUUUAUUCUUCAUCACCCACAUCAAAUUUGAUGUUAUGUCUGUCGAAUCGAAUCGCAUCAGAUCAUGGCCGUGCUGACGUCGGUUAACAUCCAGCCGAUGAUUCGUCCAUCGAAGACGGAAGGAGAAAGAGGUCGACACUCUUUGACAGUCGAUCCUUUCUCUUCUUCUUUUCCAGUGGACCCGGCGAUAAAAACCAAUUGAGAUAAGCAUCGAAAGGAAAAGGACUAUUGUUACAACACUGACACACACACACAAAACAAAAAGGGGAAAUGAGCCAACAGCAACAUCCGCAGGAGCUGCUGGAAGACGAGCAAACGACAAGGAAUUGGCAGCCGUUGGCCGUUCAGCAGGCGGGCAGUUGCGGCAGUUUAACGGCCAUCGGACUUCAUCAGAACACGCCUAAUCGCCAUCAACAGCAGCCUCUUAAAUCUAGUCAACGUCUUCUAGGCCAGCAGGACUUCAUUGCGACAGCAGCCGCGUCGUGUAGGAUAUCACCUGCGGCCGGUGGAGUCGGUAACAGCAACGCACCUGGCGCCACCGAAUGCUGGACACCGUUGAACGACACAGCUUCCAACAGUUCCUCUUCUUCCGGCUGGAGGCAUUUAGCUUCAAGUCCGCCGAGGAGGUCUCAACAGCAUCAUCAAGAAGCCGUGACCAACAGUAUGUCCAGCAGACGACUCAGCCCGCAUUGCUGGUCCAGUGAAAAUCUGUUGAAUCAAGACCUUCAUCCAGCGAAUCGGUGGACGUCGUCAUCAGAUCCGCUCUCGUCGCAUUACAUCCAUCACCCGUCGUCUGCUGGAUCGACGGGCGUCGAGUCGGACAGGGAACCUUUUAUUCCACCUCCACCUUUGCUGGAUUUUGAAACGGCCAAUUUGCUGCCUCCGUUGGGCAUUGACGUCAGCUCGCCGUCGGAUGACCACCAUUUUAUGUCAGUUCCGCUGAGCGAUUCGAAUGCCGAUGCGAUUGUUCAGCAGCACGUCGAAGGGAAGGCAGAGAGGAAACGGUGGCGACGCUGGGGUCAAUUGGGUUCAAAUACCUCCGCAAUACGCAACGCUCCGGGGUCGUCCAUCGCGCAACGGAAACGGAAGCGCGGCCGACGGUUAUUCGUUGACGGCCGUCCGUAAGCCGCGAGGUAACAAUAAUUUACAUCACCCACCUUCGUCCACGUCAUCCGGCUGGAUGGAUGUCGAUCACGAUUCUUCCGUGUCGAGUAACAGUGGCGGGGCGUGUCAUCGGACGUCCAUCGGAUCGGACGGAAUCAGCCGCAAGUGCACCUGCGGACAGAAAAUGAGGCUGCAACAAGGACACAACAAUUCGUCACUUUAUCCGGAAAUGUCGUCCGCAAUGGGUGGCGGUCACAUCCGCUCUGAAGACGGAUUGGCCGGCAUAGCCACGCUGAGGAGGCCAGUCAAACGUAAAGUGAGAAAUCCAUUGCCCGGCAGUGGUCAAUUGCCACCAGCUGGAGUGAGCAAUUCCAACAAUGGCAACUCUGCAACGCCAUCCGCAACUAGCCUCCUCCAACAGCCGAAGAUGGAGACGUCCGUCUUGCUGGACAAGUUACUAAGAGCCGGAGCUUUACGGCCGGAAGAUUACCUCGUCCUGUCCAGAAUGGAGCGUAUGAUUAUGGCCAAUCACGCAGCUGGAGGAAAUAGUUUAAACCAAUCAGGUGCCCGCGUCCGGCACCCCAAGUCCAGCAGCACCGAUCGCCAACAGAAUCCCCUGCAAACAACAACAACAACAACAGAUCGUUUCUCCAGCCGAAAGUGGGACGGACAUGCGUCGAGAAUUCGAUUUCGGAUCUAAACAACUCAAUUCCAUCGGUUUGCCCGUCUCUAACCAGCCCCAAGUGGCUUCUAAUGAGAAUCUGUACGAUUCGGCGUCCGGUCCGUCGUCAAUGGCCCAGCAACAAUAUCAGCGUCGAUUGUCUGCAGGUAAUAACGGACUGGAUGUCACAGCAGGACAGUUGCGGAUGCAACAACAGUUGCCCAGCAACCGACCCUCUCCCAGUCCGUCAUCUCCGUUCGAUUAUUACAAUAGCAGUUUGGCCAGCUAUUCGAGUAAUCCAGUUACAGGCAGAGGCUCGUCGCUGGGCAGUGCUAACGGAGACCAUUCGUUAGCGCAGCCACAGCAACAGCUACCUAGCCGGAACAGUUCGGGCAAUGCGGACGGACUUUAUUCGAUGGCUCAAAGUGGACCGUAUCAGCCUCUGGCAAGUUUGCCGACAGCCGGCCGAUGUUGCCCGUGUUGCGGCUCGCCGUCCCAUCCGCAGCUUCAACAUCAUCACCAUCAUCAUCACCACAUCCAUCACACUUGUUCGUUGUGCGGAGGCGGACCGCAUUUGGCCAGCGGGCCCGCGUCCGUGCCAGUUUCUUCUUCCAACAGUUAUUCCGGCUAUGCUGGAAAUUCAGGUAAGAUGAUGAUCCAGCAACAACAACCGGCCGCCGCUUCGUCAGGAUACGGAUUCGCAACAUCCACGGCUCCGUCAUUUCUCCGCGUCUACCGGAAUCGAGCAGCAAUUCGCUGGAAAUAAUGGCGGAGCUGUUGCUUCCAAGUAUCCAGCCAUUGGUUCAUCGGCUUCGAAUAAUAGCGGCGCUGCUGGCCUUCAAGCCCAGUCCCAACCGGCCAUGGUAUUGGGAAAAGGACUUGCCCAACAAAUUGGAGUCCGCACUGAACUUCACAGUCUGCCCAGCAAUGAACCAAUGAGAUUCACAAUGGCUACCCAGAAUGGUGCCCAACAUCAGCCAAAAAUAUCCGCAGGCCAGGCGUUUCAUCGUUCCGUAUCGACGCCUGCACCAUCAACUGCAACAGCAAGGAGUAGCAUACCGCAGCAACAGCAAGUGCAGAUGAAUCCGAUUGUGGAAUCUCAACAGCAAGCUCAUCGAACGGACCCGUUGGCCGUGACUGGCAACACCAAUCAUAGAGUUGGCCUAAGCCGCUCCUUGUCCCGAACGGAAGCAGUCAAAGAGUAUUUCAAGCAAAGUGCGGCGACAUUCUUCGGCCUGGAUGAAAGCAAAGAGAGCGAACUGAGGCAACGGUGGGAAGACAGACGGAGAAGGCUGGCCGAACGGCGUUGUGGAACUCUGCGGGAAUCGUGCUCUCACGACGAAGGUCUCGAGUCGCGCGAUCUAGUGGACGGUCAUGGCAGAAACGCCGCCAUUCCGAUGGAAAGGGUUGCCGAUUCGCCCGACGGAUCAUUGCCGGAUGGAUCGCAGAGCACUUUGCUUUUACAUCCACGCCUCAAACGGCGUGAAUCGGUCGCCCGCAUGACCUGGGAUGGAUUGGCCUACCUGGCCACGGCCAUCGUUCGGUUAAGACCUAACGGUCCGGAGGAAGAGGAUAUCCGUUCUCGUAGUGUUUCACGCGAAGCUUUUGCCGCAGCUUCGGCAAAUGCAUCCGCAACCAGCCGGAACGGUGAAGCAUCUCGGUCGGCGAAUGGUGCCCUCAGCAAUGCUCAGCCAUUGCCGCCGGAUGUCACGAUGGAUACGGGUGGAACGGCUAAUCUAGGCUGCGUCGAUGUCACGUUAGACGACGAAGUCUUCUUCGAUUCACCUCCGCCCGCCUACGAGGACGUUGUCGACGCUGCUCAUAUCGGCCCUCCGCCACCGACAGGCCCUACCCAUCGUCGGGAAUCCGAAGCACGACCAUCUAGGUGGAGGCGUGCCAUCCACGCCAGCAUGAACGGACCCAGUGGGCCUUCGGUAGUUGAUCGAUUGAUGGAUAAUUCGAAUCGAAGGCAGUACGGCAUGGGCAUCGUGGGUCGAAUGACGAGGCGGUCGCUACGUCAAUCGAUGACGGAAAGCAACAAACACUUGAAACGACAGUUGGAUUCGUUCGAGGACCAUCGUCCUUAUUUUACUUACUGGACCUGCACCGUCCAGGUGCUCAUCAUGUUCAUCGCACUCAUCACUUAUGGAUUAGGACCCAUCGGUUUCAAUCUUCAUCGACGCUCCGGAUCGGUUCUCGUGACUAGUUUGUCGUUACAAGAAGUGGACUAUUACGAACCUUCGAAUUUUUACAUAGGACCUAGAGCGGCGGAUCUUAUUCAUUUGGGUGCUAAAUACAGUCCGUGCAUGAAGCCAGACACGCGAAUCGGGGCGGAUAUCGAAGCCACCCGGAUACGUGAACGACAGACGGCCUGCUGCAUCCGCAACGACAAUUCGGGUUGCGUUCAGACAUCCAGAGCCGAAUGUUCGUCUCUUCCCUCUGUGCCGCCUUAUCACAACACGGAGCGCGGAAUUGGCACGGAUUUGACUUCGACUUGGAAAAAGUGGAAUGUCGUUCAGUCUGGACCCGGUGGACGGAUUUCCGGCUCCGUUUGUGGCCAAGAUCCAAAUUUUUGUAUAGAACCAGCGUCAGUGGCGCCUUUCGAAUGGCCGGACGACAUCACAAAAUGGCCGAAAUGUCGAAAAAAACUACCCGGUUUAGGGGGAUCCGGGUCUGAAUCAAAGUCGAACGCCAAUCACGUAUUAAAGACGACCGGUCAGGCUGAUCAUAUGGUCUGUGAAGUCAUCGGACAUCCGUGCUGCAUUGGUAUUCACGGUGAAUGCCGGAUCGCGACGCGCGAAUAUUGCGACUUUGUCAAAGGCUACUUCCAUCAGGAAGCCUCUUUAUGCUCUCAGGUGUCUUGCAUGAACGACGUUUGCGGUAUGCUGCCUUUCCACACACCCGACUUUGCCGACCAAUUUUACAGACUGUGGACGUCGCUGUUUUUGCAUGCGGGCAUCCUUCACUUGGCCGUUUCGGUCACCUUCCAAAUGAUUAUCAUGCGCGACUUGGAGAAGUUGGCCGGUCCGUUACGCAUCGGCAUUAUCUACAUGGGCUCCGGUGUCGUUGGCAACCUCGCCUCGGCCUUGUUUGUGCCAUACAGAGCCGAGGUGGGUCCGUCCGGUUCGCAUUUCGGUUUACUCGCUUGCCUCUGCGUCGAAGUGUUGCACGCCUGGCCGCUACUUCGGACGCCUUGGCGGGCUCUCGGCCGGCUCCUCAUGACGGUCGCCUUCCUUUUCGUCGCGGGACUUUUGCCCUGGGUCGACAAUUUCGCUCACAUUUUCGGGUUCAUUUCGGGCGGAUUGCUCUCAUACACGUUUUUGCCAUUCAUCACGGUGGGUGUGUACGACCGCCGACGUAAGUUCGUGUUGAUUUGCGUGACGCUAGCGUUGGCCGCCAUCCUGCUCACCACACUCGUCCUACUCCUCUACGUGUGGCCCAUUCAGGAUUCUGGCGUCAUCCAAACGCUCGGUUACCUCAACUGCGUGCCCAUCACGCGCGAUUUCUGCGCCGAGCAGAACAUUCAUUUUAGCAAAAGAGAAAUCAACAUUCUCUGAAAUGUCGCCCUCCUUUAUCCUCUGCAAACGGACAAUUGUGUUGAAUGUUUUUAUUCUUUUUUUUUUUGGGGGGGUCUUUUGGUUUCUUGUUUGUUUUUGUUUUGUUUUUUUUAACUUUUCGUUAUUUUUUUUUUUACACGUUUCUUUUUUAUGGUCACCGCAAUGGCGAACCAAAAGAUGGAGGACCUUCCGUCUCUUCAUGUUUCAUCUUUUUUUUGUAUAGAAAAGACGACUACACAUACACACAGAUACAAAGUCACACAUACACACAGCCAUAUAUGAGAGGAAGUAAAAAGUAAUGUUCAUCGUAGGUUUUUUUUUAUCACUUUUUUUCGUGUUUCGUGAAUUCUCGUGAUUAUGCCGAAUGUCCCCCUUUUUUUUUUUAAUACCAUCCCCUUAUUUCUUUGCGUGCCCUUGGUUGACUCCUACACUGUUGUCGUACUUUUUUCUAUUUAUUUACUAGUGUCCUUCUUUGGAGGUGAAAAAAAAAAAAUGUUUUCCGUUUCCUGUUUUUCUGAAUUCGAGCUGGUAGGUUUUCUUGACAUUCCCUGUUCUUUAGAGCGCACUGCUGUGAAUUCUUACCCAUAAAAGUGUGUGUGUCAUUUUCUUGUGGUUUCCACCUCCCGUUAUACUUUUCUCCCGACAACACGUUGAACACGCAGAUAACACAUUUUUUUUGAAAAAGGAUUUUUGUUGUUGAACGAACUCAAUGUGGAAGAGGGAUAGAGAAAGAAGAGUGAUCUUUGUUUUUGUCCUUCACUCCUUUAGCUCUCUGUGUACAAGCCGCAGCUGAGGGUUCCGAAUGAGUCUAACUGGUGGAAGACAAACACUUGACCUAGUGUACACUCAGACUUUUUUAAAAACAUUUGUAUCAGAUAGAAAAUUUUGUAAGAAAACAAACCAACAAGAAUGAAGCCAAGAUGAUUGAUCCUCCCGUCAUAACGAACGUGCAGUGGGAGGAGUUUUCGCUGCAUCUUCUCGUGUUUUUUUUUUUCUUUUCUUUUUGCGAUUUUGUGGGUGUAGAUGUGUCUGUGUUUGUUUCUUUGUUUACGUGCAUUAUUCUGGGCCCUCCAACUAUCCCAACAUCCAGCUAUGUCACUAUCCUGCUCGGCUACUUAUCUCUCUCUCUCUUCUCAAUAAAAAUCCUUGGCUGAUUGUAUACACACUGUUAUACUCUCGUUAACCUCCCUCCCUACCCCUCCAUACAAAGAACAAGAAAAAAAAAAAAUUGUUUUUGCUCUGUUCAAUCUCUUUCUCUCUGUUACUCCGUUUCUUUCUCUAUAUUCUCUCUGUGUGUGCUGAAAUAUUGUCUUGAUUUGAUUAUUCUACAAUGAACAUUUUGGUUUCCAUUUCAAUCGAAAGGAAAACUAAAACAUCUGCAUUUUUGUCCGUGUGGUGGUGUACGUAUAAAAACAAAAAUAUUAUAAGAUUUAAAAAAAAAAGAAUAGCGACAAUGGCAUCUGUCGUGAGCAAUCGUUUCUACAGAAUUGAACCCUUUCGUAGACAACUCGAUAACUUUCAAGAGUUUACUAUCUGUGGUAUGACUUCAUGCCUGCCGAAAUUUAUAGGCUUCGCGUUGCGUAUACUGCGAUCGAUAUUGCAAUUCUCUGGGCUCCCACAUAAACGAAUGGUUGCCUAACUGAUUUGGCCCCAAGACUAUCACGCGAAUGUAGUGUCAUUUGAUAUCAUUGCAAGUCAAAUUGUUGCCAAGUUAUCUGUCAUAUUUCUCUAGGAAAUGAAGAAUUGCAUUUGAAACUGUUUAGUUCUAAACAUCGUGAUUUUGAAAGGCAGUUAUCAAUAAAGGAUUCCCCUGCAAUAUUCCCAGCUAAUAGUGUGAUCUUGAAGCAAAAUAUUCUGGCAAUGAAAAUGAUAUCAAAUGUGAAACCUUAGAUUACCAGAUCAAAUUCUUUCCCAAGCCUAGAGUUUUAUUGAGUGAAUCCAUGUAAACUGUCCAAAUACUCGUUCGAAAUGGAUAUUCGUGUCACGCACAGCCAGGCCAAAAGUCCUAACUUUUAAGCCAAACAAGUUCGUCGCAUAUGCGUGACUGUGCUUAAAGGAACCUACCUACGUCAUCGUAUUUUAUCAAAACGGAAUAGUACGAUCAAGACUGUAUACCACAGUUCAUAGUAAUCGUUUUCCUUCUAGGAAUAGAAAAAAGAAAGAAACUUGAAAACCACGCAAAAAAUUCGAUUGCCUUGCUGGCCAACGACUUGCCUUGGAGGCUUUUACAGUUGCUGGGCAGCUGGCCUAUCUAAAAUGCGAAGGUGUAAAUUCUAAUAUACGUAUUGAAGGUGGCGGGGGCCCAAAAGGUAAUUAGAUCGUUAUAUCUUGGUGUGUUUUUACCUCCUUUACGAACCGGAAACGCCGGGAGAAGGAAAAGGAAGCGAAGGCGCGCGCGCAACCAGGUUGCCUAACCUUCAACUAUAAAUCGAUUAUGCGAUUCCUAUCGAUGGGUUAUUUCAUUCGUUGGGCUUUUUCGGGAGAGGAAGAGCUGCUAACGUUUUUGACAUAACAUUUUUGUGUGACAAUCGUGUUGUGUGUUGUACAUGGACAGUAGAUUUUAUUUGCAACUACCACACCUAAAGGGCACAGAGCAUUUGUUCGAAUGAUUACGUGCUCGUAGCCCUCUUCCGAGCAACGGCCCCGUAAAAUUGAGUCUUGUGUGUGUUUGUUUGAUUUUUCACACGCACGUCCUUAUUUGUACGAAGACCCCCGUUUUGAUCGUGUGUUUGUGAAACAAUCCUGUUUAAUACCGCUGUCAGAGGCAAAGUGCAAUCGAGUGCAAGUCACGCGUCCUACCAACAUGUCGACAGAAGAACAGCAAGCGGAAGACAAGCGAAGCAGACUGAGACCUCUUUCAUUCUCUGGAUUACCAACUAAAUGUCUAUCACCUAGUAGUGCAAUUGCCCCCAUUCAAUCUUUUCCUAUG